GAGAAUUUGUUGAGGAGUCUUCAGCAUUACGCCUCAGCCCGUCCCACUCUUUGCUGCCUUGUCCUGCCUCUCUGUGUCUGUGUCUUGUUUUGUUUUGAAAGGACAAUGACAGUGGGGAACAUGGAGAGCGCCACACUCUUUGACGCGGGGAAGAAGGGACGAGGCCUGAAGGCCAGCAAAGAGCUGGCCGCCGGGGAGGUCGUCUUCGCCGAGCCCAGUUUCUCCGCCGUGGUCUUCGACAGUUUUGCCUCUCAGAUUUGCCACAGCUGUUUCCGGCGUCAGGCCAAUCUGCAUCGCUGCGCUCAGUGCAAGUUCGCUCACUACUGCGACCGCACCUGCCAGACGGCAUGCUGGGACGAGCACAAGAAGGAGUGCGGCGCCAUCAGGAAGAUGGGCAGAGCGCCCGCAGAGAACGUACGUCUGGCCGCGCGCGUGCUGUGGCGUAUUCACAAGGACUCCGGCGUGGUGUCAGACAGUCAGCUGAUGUCAGUGAGCGAGCUGGAGGACCAUGUGAACGACCUGUCGGAGGAAGCUCACGCGCAGCUGAAGGCUGACGUCAGCACCUUCCUGGAGUACUGGUCACACGGGAGGAAGAAGCACUCGGCCGAAUUCAUCUCACACAUCUUUGGCAUCAUCAAGUGUAAUGGAUUCACCAUGAGUGAUCAGAGAGGCCUGCAGGCGGUCGGCGUCGGACUCUUCCCCAACCUGUGUCUGGUGAACCACGACUGCUGGCCCAACUGCACCGUCAUCCUCAACCACGGCGACCAGUCAGCUCUGAGUUCUGCUCUUCACUCUCAGAGGAGGAUCGAGCUGCGCGCUCUGGAGAAAAUCCCAGAGGGGGCGGAGCUAACAGUCAGCUAUGUGGACUUCCUCCACGUGUCCACCGAGAGGCAGAAGAAGCUGCGGGAGCAUUUCCAUUUUGAGUGCACCUGCGAACACUGCAGCCAGCACAUCAAGGACGACCUCAUGAUGGCGGCCGCAGACAGCGAGGGGAACAAACCCUCUGCUGAGAAGGUGAAGGAGGUGACGGACUUCAGCAAAGAGUGUCUGGCGAAGAUCGAGGAGCGUCGUCUUCAGGGGGAGUAUAAUGAGGUGGUGAAGUUGUGUCGUGAGUGUCUGGAGAAGCAGGAGAACGUCCUGGCCGACACUCACCUCUACAAGCUGCGCGUGCUCAGCGUCGCCAGCGAGGUGCUGUCGUUCAUGCAGAAGUUCUCCGAGGCGGCGGGAUACGCCCACAAGAUGGUGGAGGGAUACAGGAAGCUGUAUCACCAUAACAACGCCCUGCUGGGCAUGGCCAUCAUGCGGGCGGGCGUCACCCACUGGCACGGCGGGCAGAUCGAGGCAGGCCACGCCUUCAUCUGCCAGGCCUACGGCAUCCUCAUGGUCACACACGGACCCAACCACGCCAUCACUAGGGACCUGGAGUCCAUGCGCACGCAGACGGAGAUGGAGCUGAAGAUGUUCAAACAGGAUGAGGCCGCGUACCACAGCAUGAGGGCCGCCAUCUCCUCAUCCGGAGGAAACAUCAAAGACCUGUCCCGCAAGAAGUAGAGAUCAACUAUAUUGAUCCGAUCAAUACCAGCCCCUCCCACCACACCACACCCCGACCCCCCCACUCCCCCAACCUGUGCUGAUGCAUGUCCUCAAACAGGCAACGUCACAUGUACCGUUUCUAUAAUAAACAUGGAAUUAAACAUUUGUCGCCAUCACUGUUGCAAUCCCGCUCUCCUUCCUGCACCAAACCCCAUAGAGAAAAUCAGCGAUUUAACAUCACAGCACACAGGAGUUGUUGAUCCACUGCUGCCUCCGUCACUAAAGUUCAAAUGUGUUAUUUAGUAACUUCUGCGUUUGAUAUUCUUUGCUCAAAUUUAGUCAAGCGACACAAACUUACCAAACAUGGUGGCAGCCGGCCAGCAGCUCCAGAAUCCCUGUGAGCUAAAAAAAAAAUAAAACGCUGAAAAAUAAUAAUAUAAUAAAAAAAUAAAAAUAAAACGCUGAUUUCCUCUAUGGGGUUUGGUGCAGGAGAGCGAGUGGGUGACAAAACCAAGAAGAGAGUUCUGUAUCCUGUUGGAAAAGGCUAGACAAAGCAGUGGACAUGUUUUUAAAGGUACGAAUGGCGUCAUUUCAUGAAAUGAAGUGAUUCAAGUGUGUUUUUCACUCAUUUCUUUUCAUAUUAUGAAUGAGAGUGUUCUGUGUCAGUACCUCAUACGACCACGUUUGAAAAACUUGAGUAAAUAAAAUCAUUUAAAACAUGAAAA